AAGGGGCAUCGAAUAUUAAAGAUUAAAAAAACAAAACUCGAAUCGGUGAGGAGAAAUGGGGAAAGCGAAGAGGUAUUGGUUGCUGAAGACGGAGCCAGGGGAGUGGUCGUGGUCGGACCAGGCAGAGAACGGUGGACUCACCAAAUGGGACGGCGUGAAGAACAAGCAAGCCCAGAAGCAUCUCAAGUCCAUGACCGUCGGCGAUCUCUGCUUCUUCUACCACUCCGGCGCCAAAUCCAGGUGCGUCGUCGGCGUCGUGGAGGUUACGCGUGAGUGGUACACCGAAGACGACGGGGACGGCGGCGGAGAUGGCUCGGUCGACGUGAGAGAGGUGGGGGAAAUGAGGAGGUUCGUCGAUCUGAAGGAGAUGAAGGGAGAUGAAGGGUUGAAGGGCUUCGUGCUUUUCCGGCAGCCGAGGUUGUCGGUGGUGCCGGUAGAGGAAGAUGUCUGGAUCAGGGUUUGCGAAUUGGGCGGUGGGUUUCGAGGAGAUGGUGUCGACGAUGAAGAAGAUGACGAAUCCUGACUCUUUCCAAGCCUUUCGAGGGAGCUUGUUUUCUGAAGCAGAGGUUUAAUCAGAGGUAUCAACUAUCAAGUGUGGUUAAGUUGAAUUAUGCAUGUUUUGGUGAAGAUUAGGGAUUGUAAAUCGGAAUUUCUAAGAUUAGUAGCGAUUUUAUGAAUGAACUUCAAAAUCAUCUUCGUUGAGGCAUUGUAUCGAACGCCUGGAAUGCAAAAAUCUUACACGUGAAAACAUCUCAUAAAAUGAUGAAUAUAAACUAAGCCCAUUUCAUAUUUAUCUCA